AUGGGCGCGCGGACGAGCGAGGUCGAGCGAGGCGCGAUCGCGACGGUGCGCGUGGAUGACGACGAGGGAGAGCGCGCACGGCGCGGGGUCGUCGUGCGGGGAGAGCGCGAGGAAGGCGCGGUGCAGCUCGCGCCGAGGACGAAGAGGGAAUUUCACGACGACUACUGGACGAAUCAGCACCUUAAAUUGUUGUACUUGGUGAGCAAGUACUCGAACUGCGCGCAGACGGCGCGGGAGAAGGAGCGAUGGGUGAGAAAGUUACCGCUGUUGGUGUUGAUUUACGAGGGGAUCGUGCAGAAGGUUUUCGAGUACGAUUACGCGCCCGAGUCGACGGUCGUGAAGAAUUCGCGGGUGUAUCUCAACGUGUCGCAGGAGGGGGUGGAUGACUUGGACGAUUUGAUCGAGGGCGCGCUCCUUCGUGGUUUGCGAUUGAGUAGCACGGAGCAUCAGAGCGUUUUGGCCUUUCAGAUCACCGCCGCGGGUCUGGCGUUGGUGGCCAAGCGCAUGCACGUGGAGGACAGGCUACUGGUCGACGAAUUGUGCAUCGCCGACGGCAAGCUCUUGCAAGUCUCGUGGGAGGACGAGAAGUUUUACCUGAGAAACGAGACGAUUUCGUUCGAAUCGAGUAUUACGGAUGUGGAGGACGUAUCUUACGUCGUAUCUCCGUAUCUUCCCUUAGCGCUUCGGCGAGUGGGCGGUCCGGUGACGUCUUCGAACUCGCAUCGUGCGGCAGAGAGCGCGGCCAAGGAUAGCACGAUUCGCGAUGAUUUGGACGAAGUCAUCACUAUUUCGAACGUCACAGUGUUGGUCGGCGAGUUCGUGCCGUUCGGUGUGAACCAGAUUGUCAAGCUCAACAUGAAGCUCGGAUCAAACGAUCGUUGUCAGGGCGGUUAUUUCACUCCCGAGAUAGACGCGCAGUCCACUAACACCGAGUGCGAAAUCCCCACGGGUUUGACGAAUGUGAGCAUCUUGGAUCACGAUAUGACGACAUUCGCCAACAUCGAGGCUCAAGUGUACUACCCAGAGGAUGAUGGUAUCAUUCAAGUCGAACAUUUCGGAAUUCACUUGCGGAAAGACGGGACCGUCGUGCACGGUCUCUUGAUUGAAUCUGUCAUGGACCGCAUUUUGGACAAUAUCUCUCUGGAUAACCUUGCUCGUUUGCUCGUAGAUGUACACAUGGACUCGAGUAAGAUUUUGGAUUCGCUUCUGAGCGAUCACCAACGAGAUUUACUUCGAACUGUUUUCUUGAAUCACUCGGAGCGACGCGACAAAAUCAACGUCAUCAUCGCUGAGCGCAUCGCUCCUCAGCAAGCUGCGGAUAUGUACAUGGACAAAGAUGCGUUCGAAAAUGAACUUCGACAAAUUUUGGGCGACACGCGCGAAGCACACGACCUGACCGAUCGUGACGUCGUCAUCACUGGCUCACAUGGUAUUUUGCUCAGUGGACCGAAUGCAAAGGCGCAAGAACCUGUGAUGCUCAUGUAUCUAUCCAUCACAUCGAGGGAUGUUUUCGUCCACAACGUGUUCAACCGAAUAUUUAUGACAGAUGACAUUCUCAAAAGCGUUCGUCUGAUGAUCAGGCAUCAUGAAGAGGAUCCGAACAGCGUGGCAAAAAUCCGCCGCACGCUUGGUGAGACUUCCAAGGAUGUCAUUUUACUGGAAGAGAUCCUCGUCUACCUGAAGGAAUCGAUCGAACAAGACGCGAGUAUUCACGCCACACCACAGACUGAGACUGGCAGACGCCUGUACAGCCUGCUCGGGUUGGAUGUUAUGAUUGCUGACCUGGAGGUGCGCGUGCUUGACAUGCAGAAAAUUGUCAUGGCGGCACGCAAAGAGAUUGAUGCGUUACAAAUCAUGGCGGACACCAUCGCGGAAUCCCACGCGCUGCGUGUGCACGAAGACAUUCGAGGAAACAGCAGUGAGAUGCUGAUGCAGAUGAAGUCCAACACCAAGCAAGGCACGAGUCUGUACGUGAUGUUAUUUGUUUUCUCAGGAAUACUCGCAUUUGAGUUGCUUGAUCGUCUCACGGGUGAAUGGAGCGUCGUGCACACUGAGUGGGCGAGAUCGUACAUCGUUGACCCAUUCAUGAACAAACCACUCGUUUGGUUCAUUCUCAGUCUCGUGGUGUGGGCCGGUGUGGCGUGCGUCAUGUACUACUUGACGAGAGAAAUCGACGACAAGUCUGCGGGCGCGAUAUCGUAUCGAAUCAAGGUAAACAAGCCUCUGAACGUCGAUGCGCUCGAUAAAUACUUGGCUUUUAAGUCGAUCAUCGGAGAAGAUGGUGUCGCGGAUGAAGAUACGACGCUUCAGCGAGUGAGAUGGCAGGAGGAGGACAUCACACGCUGGGAGGGCUACUUGCCAAUCAUCGAGCUCGUGUACGAUAUCAAGCACGGUUUUUUAUUAGAUGUGCAUCUCACGAUCAGUAGACGCGCUUCUGCGCCGGCAAAGUUGCGACCGGAAACAUUGAAGAUUCGAUUUUUCACUGAGUUACAAGAAGCUGCUGUAUUGACGCCGGAAGAUGCGGCCACGGUGAUAGAUAAUACCCGUCGUAUGCGCAUGAAGACGGAUACAGUCGAACAACACGCUACCGAAGGAGUGGCGGUUUGCCUGAAGGUUAAAGUCCCGAACGAACGGUACUACCGAGAGAUUCCGUUCGGAUGCCAAACAUACCUCGAGCUCCGAGAGCAAAUCGCGAUCAAGUUCAAGGUCAAACCCGUACAAGUGCUUCAGAUUUUCAAGGUUCCGGACACGUUGAUCGCGGACGACGAAGACGCGGUGCGAAUCCAACCGAACGCCGUACUCGAAAUUCUUCUCAAAUCCUAG